UGGAUGGGGCUGUCCUGCUUCAUGCACAGUUCAACGGAAGCCAAAAGAUUGGAACAACUUGUGAAUUCACCGGUCAGUUUGGUUUGCGUUUGCGGUAACGUUCAGAAGAAUGCUCGACGGCGGUUUCGCUGAAGAAGUUAAAGAUUGAGAAGUUGUUUUUUCUUUCUCAUAAAGUGUGCGGCGUUCAGGACUGGAGCAGGAGAGGAGGGCGAGAGGGAACAGCGGUUUGCCUACUACAACGUUUACAAUAGAAAGGAAACUUCAACUCCCGUGAGGAGUGGACUGAAGUGAAGCGGCAGCUCGUCAUUCCACAAUGGCUUUCGCUCUGAAUUGUAUAUAUUUAUUGAUGUGCUGUUCUCUCAGCUUGAUAUUUUCAGAUCACAAACAUACUGUGAAAUCACAUGAACAUCUCUCUGGAAAGUUAAGUGAAUAUGGUCUUAUGGUGCCGUUCAGCACAGACUCCCACGGCCGCUACAUCUCCCACGUGGUCUCAGUCUCAGGAGCCUGGGCCUCAGCUGCAACGGGAGAAAGUGAAAGUGAAGGUGCUGAUGCAGGUGGUGGUGCUGGUGCUUCCUCAUCCCCUGAUCCGGGAAAGAGGCGUGUGGCCCGUAGCGUCCCCGACACUCCCUCUAUCACCUCUGGCGCAGGCCAACACCUGUUUUUCAACGUCACUGUGUUUGGGAAAGAGUUGCACCUUCGCCUCAAAGCAAACAGGAGGCUGGUGGCUCCGGGGGCAUUUGUGGAAUGGCAGGAGGACUUCGAGGAGAAGGCUAAGGAGCGUCUCCACGGGGACUGUGUUUUCACUGGAGACAUAUCCAACAUGCCAGAGGCCACUGUUGCCAUAAGCAACUGUGAUGGACUGGCAGGCCUGAUCCGGACUGAUAACGGGGAGUUUUUCAUCGAGCCUCUAGAGAAGGGUCAGCAGGAUGUGGAGGUGAAAGGUCGUGUCCAUGUGGUCUACAGGAGAUCUGCCAUCAAAAGUGAACCAGUCCAAACAAGGAAGGACCUCCACAAUGAAGUGACAGACUUUGGGAUUGCUGACCUCCCCGGUGCUCUGGACCUCUUGGAGCUCAAGCUGACAGAGUCUGAGCGCAAACGGCGGCACGCCAAGAAGGACGACUACAACAUUGAGGUGCUGCUGGCUGUGGACGACUCUGUGGUGCGCUUCCAUGGCAAGGAGCACGUACAGAACUAUGUCCUCACACUCAUCAACAUAGUUGAUGAGAUCUACCACGAUGAGUCCUUGGGAACCAACAUCAACAUCGUCCUCGUCCGCAUGAUCAUGGUCGGGUACAGACAGUCCAUCAGCCUGAUCGAGCGUGGGAACCCGUCCCGUAGCCUGGAGCAGGUGUGUCGCUGGGCCAACACGCAGCAGCGCCGGGACCCCGAUCAUGCUGAGUACCAUGACCAUGCCAUCUUCCUCACAAGGCAAGAUUUUGGUCCCGCAGGUAUGCAAGGUUACGCCCCGGUGACAGGCAUGUGCCACCCUCUGAGGAGCUGCACUCUGAACCACGAGGACGGAUUCUCCUCGGCCUUCGUGGUGGCGCACGAGACCGGACAUGUGUUAGGUAUGGAACAUGACGGACAGGGGAAUCGUUGUUCUGACGAGACCAGCAUGGGGAGCAUCAUGGCACCGCUGGUCCAAGCGGCCUUCCAUCGCUACCACUGGUCACGCUGCAGUAAACAGGAACUGAACCGAUACAUCCACUCUUAUGACUGUCUCCUGGACAACCCUUUUGAACACAAGUGGCCCAAGCUUCCUGAGCUACCUGGGAUUAACUACUCCAUGGACGAGCAGUGUCGUUUUGAUUUCGGCGUGGGCUACAAGAUGUGCACCGCUUUCCGGACCUACGAUCCCUGCAAGCAGCUGUGGUGUAGUCACCCUGACAACCAGUACUUCUGUAAGACCAAGAAGGGUCCUCCGGUGGAUGGGACGGAGUGUGCACCGUCGAAGUGGUGCUUCAAGGGCCACUGUAUCUGGCGCUCCUCUAACCAGCCUCAGGGCCAUGACGGUAACUGGGGGUCCUGGACUAAGUUUGGGUCCUGCUCCAGAACCUGUGGAGGUGGAGUACGCUCCCGGAGUAGAACUUGUAACAACCCUGUGCCUGCGUACGGCGGUCGGGAUUGCCCCGGGUCCACCUUCGAUUACCAGAUGUGUAACAUGGAGGAGUGUGUCGGACCCUACGAGGACUUCCGCGCUCAACAGUGUGUCCAGAGGAGCAACAAAUAUCACAAGAACACCAAGCACACCUGGCUACCUUACGAACACCCAGAUGAGGCUCACAAGUGUGAGUUGAGCUGUCAGUCCAAAGAGACCGGUGAGGUGGUGGUCAUGAACCAGGUGAUGCAUGAUGGGACGCGGUGCAGCUACACAGACCCUUUCAGUGUCUGCACCCGGGGGGAAUGUCUGCAUGUGGGCUGCGACAAAGAGGUUGGCUCGUACAAACAAGAAGACAAGUGUGGAGUGUGUGGUGGGGACAACUCCCACUGUCGCACUGUCAAACUGACUCUCACCAAGAUACCAAAGAAAACAGGCAUGCUGAAGAUGUUUGAUAUUCCGAUCGGUGCCCGGCACAUCGUUAUAGAGGAGAAUGAGACUUCCUCCCACAUAAUUGCUGUGAAGAAUCAAGUCACAGGCAGCUUCAUAUUGAACGCUAAAAGUGGAGAUGCCAAGUCCAGAACCUUCAUCGACAGCGGUUUGGAGUGGGAGUACGUCUUCGGAAGCGGCGAGAAAGAAACCCUGAAAACAAUCGGCCCCCUUCACGAGGGCAUCGUUGUUCUGGUCAUUCCACAGGAGGAGGACACUAAGAUCAGUCUGACAUAUAAGUACAUUAUCCAUGAGGACCUGCUGCCGGUCAUCACCAAUAACAACGUUCUCCUGGCCGAGCUGGAUACCUACGAGUGGGCCCUGAAGAGCUGGUCGCAGUGCUCUAAACCCUGUGGGGGAGGUAUACAGUACACCAAAUACGGAUGCAGGAGGAAGAGCGACAGUCGACUGGUGCACCGGAACCUCUGUGAAACCAGCAAGAAGCCCAAACCCAUCCGGAAGAGGUGCAACGUGAACGAGUGCAGCCAGCCAACGUGGUUGGUGGAGGAGUGGAACCCGUGCAGUAAGACGUGUGGGAAGAUUGGCUACCAGUCCAGGGUUGUUCAGUGUAUGCAGGCCCUCCACAACGGCACCAACCGGACGGUCCACACUAAGUACUGUACAGAGGACAAGCCUGAGACCAGGAAGGUCUGUAACCCCUCUGCCUGCCCUGCGCAGUGGAGGACAGGGGCCUGGUCACAGUGUUCAGUAAGCUGUGGAGAGGGGAUUCGACAGAGACAGGUUGUGUGUAGAGCCACAGACAACACCAUCGGCCAGUGCGAGGGAGACAAGCCUGAAACUGUCCUCAUCUGUAAACUAAGCCCGUGUCCAGGACAGUCAUCGCUGCCCCCGUUCACUAAAGAAGCGAUGGAGAAUUCAACAACAAAGACGGAGGGUGUACAUCAGAUUGUUCCUGAGAAUCCUGUCCACAAACUCUCCUUCAAUGAGCCAUGUCUUGGAGACAAGUCUAUAUUCUGCCAGAUGGAGGUCCUAGCCCGUUACUGUUCCAUUCCUGGCUACAACAAGCUGUGCUGUGAGUCCUGCAACAGGAAGGAAGGCUUCACCACCCUCUUCUCUCCAUCCCCAGACCUCCACAAGACUGGAGGAUCCUCCGACUCAGACUCUGAGACUGGCCAGGAGACCUCUACCCAGCCCAACCCCACCCAACCAUCAGACUCCCCGCUCCCCACCACCACCCAGAGCCCAUCCCGAACCACUAAGACCCCUAGACGGCCUCGCUCCACUGCUCAGGGCCUGACCACCUCACCGUCGGCGAGUGCCGUCGUUCCCCAGGGUCCUUCCUUUGGGGUCAGGGAUGGAGACUUGGUCCCUGGGCUCCCUUCUCUACCUCCAGGUCCCAGCCCGCCUCUCCGGCCCCGGCUCCGAUCCAUCGCUUCUCCAGACUCCAUUGGAGACGCUGCUUUAUCGCCAUCUAAAGAGCACAGCAGUCCAAACAACCGCUCUUUAGGCCAAUCCGCCGGCCCCGGCCCUGAACCCGGGCCUGCUGGAACUGUGGCUGGCGUUGCUGCUGCCAGAUCAAGAAGGGAGGAUGUAGGAUCAGACUCGGCUCACAGAACCAGAACAACCAGGACCCUGUCCCAUUUGCUGACAUGAUCACUGACUUAUCCUGGGACUUGCUGCUCAGUAAUAUGGUCCACCGUGACUUCUGUCAGCUCAACGUUAUUGCAACGUUGUUACAGCAUUAGAGUGUUACAGCGUUACAAUGUGACAAUGUUACAAUAUGACAAUGUUACAAUGUGACAACUUUAUUACAACAUUAUUACAACCAUCUGAUGGAUUAUCCUGGACUGGACUCUCACCCGAUUGCUGCAAGAAUAAAUUAACAUAAAAUGUAAAAAAAAUAAAAAUCCAUGCCAGUGGACUUAGACCACUAAUGGUUACCUCAUCGAACCAGCAGAGUGAUCUCUAUGCAUUUGCACUGCAUCACUCAGCCCUCUCUGCUUCAGUUAAUACAUGGAAUAAUAAACAAGAAAAUAAAAGGGUGCUGGAACUAAAGUGACUACAAGACAUGUUAAACAAUGUGACGACGGCCAUUGCUACCAUUUACUUCCUGAUCUGUGUACAGUUGUGCUGUAACGUAUUUUGAAAAGUGCAUCAGAACUACUUAUUGAACUUUAAUAUUGCGAAGAUAUUGUGUGGCACGGCCACACCAACAAAAAAAAAACUUCACUUUGGGGGGGCUGUCACAAGUUGAAGUGAUGAUGUCACACGUAUUGGUGAUGUCACCAGUUUGGAGAUGAUGUCACAAUGUAUUGGUGAUGAUGUCGCAGUGUCUUGGUGAUGAUGGCACUUCCUCCAGGGAGCUUUGUAACCUCUCCCCAUUGGUGCUCUUAUUGUUGACGUGCUUCCCAAACAACCAUUUACAAGAGAUUGGGCCUCAGAGGUCAUCUAAAGGUCAACAGGUCAAGUCUGUUUGUAAAGCCAACCCCACUGUAGCAUGCACAUUACCUUUGUGGAAAAACUCACACAUAUGCUUUAAAAGAUAAAAAGAAAACCAUUCUUGAUAUUUUUUUGUAAGUGAUAUAUUUUUCAAGUAAUAUUGUAUAUAGUGUACAUUUCAGCAGCAUAUUAUUAUCUAAGAAACUAACAGCCAGCCAACAGAAUGUAAAGUAUAAUGAUGUCAGUCGAGAAGUAGAGGGAAUGCUGUAAGUCUGCAGAGUGGUUGGUCUGAUGUCACGCUGUUUCAAGUUGUGCAUUACCUCAUUUCUGUCUUGCAGUUCAUAACAUCAUUAUGUGUAUUGUAUAGUUCUUGUAUAUACAUGAAUGAAAAGCUUUAAAUGUUAAUAUUUAUUAAAUUUUUAAAUGGUAGGGAGAAAAAAAAAACGUUUGAAAGAAAAA